UUUGACUGGUGAAGCCACCACUAAUAGAACACCUCUGCUUCCUUCAGUACCAUGCUGUUACCCGGAUAUCACAUAGUGGCGGUGGCUGCCACGGUGGUGAGUGUUACACUAGUAGUUAGUCAGGAUAUGAUUGAUCCUGUGGAGCAGCUGGGCGUGGAUGUGGGCGUGAUGGUGGGUCACGUAGUGAAACACAAUCUGCCCGGCUGUCACCUGGUGCUUGUCACCACGUCAUACUCUUCUCUCGUAACCUCCACUUUAUUAAGUAUGGGUAUGGAGGCUGGCAUGGUAGUGGAGGCAGGGUGGGUGUUGUCUCAGGACCAGCUGGCCCAGGACCACCUCCUCCAGGGGCUGUGGGGGGACACCAGAACUACCUGCCGGGCACUCAUCCUUGACCUCACAGCCAGUAACAGUACCGAACUUUUCCUCAGGUUUACAGUUUUAUCGGGGUUGCGGCUUCGAUCACAGACGGUUGUGGUAGCGAUAGGUGGGAAAACAGGAGUAAAGGAAGUUCUCCUCCAUCAUAGUCUCCGCAACACCAUCCAUGCCAUCUACCUGGCCGUACCUGACUUCACCCUGUACAGCUUACCGAGUCAUGGCAACGCGCGCCUCGGGAGAGACCUCCCCCAAGAAGGAGUAACAAGUGAGCGUGUGUGGGUGUACAAGAGGUGUUUGUACUGCAACAACGGGGAGGCUCACGUCAAGUUCAUCCAGAUGUGGAACAUAAACUCAAACCUCCAGUUUAUGGAUAACAUCUUACAUGACCAAAUUCAGAAUAUGUUUGGGCACGAAUUACGGAUUGUCGCUGUCCCGUAUUUCCCUUACAUGGACUUCGAGCGAAACAGUAAUAACCUCGGGAAUAUGGUCAAGCCCAAAGACUCCCUCGAUGUCAGGAUUAUUGAAACCUUCGCUGACAAACUAAACUUCACCUAUAAGAUUCACGCAGAACCAAACCGUUCCUUUGGAGAGGAUAGGAAGGGUAACUUCACCGGGAUGAUUGGUCAACUCCAGAGGGAGGAGACAGAUUUCAGCACCAUCGUGGCGCCUACACCAGGACGUCUCAAGGUGGUUGAGUACUUGCGAGGAUAUCCCUCUGAUCCACUAACUGUGACGUCUCUGAAACCCGCUCUCCUGCCACCACACUUGGCUCUGCUGCGACCAUUUGAGGGAAACCUCUGGUUUGCGUUGCUGGCCAGCGUGGUGGCGUGGGGAGUCUUUAUGUGGCUGAUGCAGAGGGCGUGGUGGUGGGUGGCGGGAGGACGUAGUGUUAGGUUCAACACCGCCCUCCUGUUUGGUUGGGGCGCGCUUCUAGAACAGCCUCCGUCCAACCCCUCCGUCAACGACUCCGGAAGAUUGCUGGUAGGGUGGUGGCUGGUUUUCUGUUUGAUCAUCGACACUGGGUUUCGCUCCUCGCUGGUCUCUCACCUUACAGUACAGGGGACCACGAAGCCUCUCGACGGGUUUGAGGAUAUACUUGAACGGAACAGUUGGAAGUGGGCCAUUGAACCCUGGCUUUACAAGGGAGCAACCCUGGAAUAUUUUUCUAAGCACACUUCGCCUAUAGUGAAGCAGAUAUAUAGUGGAAUGGAGGUCCUAGUAGCAGAUGAGGCACUGAAGAAGGUGCUGGAUGGAGGGUUCUCCCUCAUCGACCACAAGAAUUACAUUGAAGUGGUGGUUGCCUCCUGGUACACAGACACACAUGGCGACACUUCUUUCUACAUCAGCAAUAAAGGAAUAUCAGUUAUAGCUGCGUUUGGCUGGGGCUUCAGGCAGGGUGCGCCAUUUCUUUCCCGAUUUCUUCAGUUAAUGUCCCGGCUGGAAGAUGCAGGGCUUAUAAACUACUGGACAAAGGAGGUGAUUAAUAGACGUGUGAAACAGAACAGGGCGGCCUCAACAUUAAACCUUAACGCAGCCAAGCAGGACACAAAAGAGGACGACAGCAGUGAGGUGGUAUUGGGGAUGCACCACCUGCAGGGCGCUUUCUACCUCUUGAUUCUGGGCUGCAGUGUUGCCUCCCUCAACCUGCUGAGGGAGAUUUUUGCUCACAUCCGUUCCUCGCCUUAGUAACACCUAUCCCAGUAUCACCUGACCUCAUGCUAGGAAUGACUGCUGGGUUACGGCGUCACCUUCCUCGGAGAUAAUGAGAAACAAUUUUAAGAGCUACAGGUUCUCGGAUACCACUACUUUGUUACAGUAGUCUUGUGAACACCUUUACCAGCAGAAGUCUCGAACUAAAAAUACAUAUUAUGAUGUACUUAGGAAGGUAAUGUCAAUAUAAUUAAUAUUUUGGUGGUUCUUAACGUAUUUAUUGUAUUAUGUCAUAAAAAAAAUUAUUAAUUUUAGA